CGACAAUUUCUUUCAAGUGGGUGGCUUAAUUGUUUAUAACUGUAAGUUUAAGAAAAAAUACACCAAUAUUUUUAAUAGUUUGUACAAAAUCAGAACAAUGAAAAAAAUGAGAGUCUUGUAUUCGUUUGCAAUUGUUUACCUAUUUGUUGCAGGUACCCAAGCUCUAACUUGUUACUUUUGCGAAGAUCAUGAUUCAAUAAAUUGUCCUAAGGACCUGUCUGAUGCGGCUGUUCUAAAAUCACAAACCUGUGGAGGAACUUUGUCCCAUUCAUGUGCCAAAUAUUAUAUUGACUUAUUGAACGGCGAAUCCAUUGUGUACAGAUCAUGUGCUCCAGAGUAUAUUGGAGGAACAGCAGCUGACUCAAACAAUCUGACAUUUUGUGAAUACAAUAUGCAACUACUCCAGCCCUUGAUAAUCGAAGGCCUUCGUGGCUGGUUUCCAAGUGUUCCACCUGUGCAACAGUUUUGA